AUGAAUCUAGGUGCGGAUCAAUUAGCAGCUCGUGUGGAGGAGCGAACACCACUGUUCUCAAUCAAAUUACCCGAGCAGUUCCUUAAAAAACACUACAUGGCGCGUUUGUCUCUGAGUGUAAACGCGAACAGGUUGGUAACUACUCGAGAUAUUGGUAUGGCACUUAUGGACAUCGCAUCUGCUAGUUCUCUGCAUUCUUCUGAACCCGCCUUGAUAGAUGAACAGCGUAAGUCGUUGGUAACUACUCGAGAUAUUGGUAUGGCACUUAUGGACAUCGCAUCUGCUAGUCCUCUGCAUUCUUCUGAACCCACCUUGAUAGAUGAACAGCCCAAACCCGUCUCCUUACUGAGACAUCUUUUAUCGACUAACCGAUCAUGUGACGAUGCAAUGAUUCCUCCAUAUAUGUGUCUUUGUAUGGAAGAGAAAGCGAAUCAAUCUGAGGAAUAUACAAGUGAUGCAAACACAUACAAUCAGUUGUUCGAGUACGUUAAAGCAGAAGUGCUCAAAAACGAUUGCAUCGAGGAAGUGGUCAAGUCUGAUGCUCACGGCGACUUGGUUGUGUUUUCUCUAAAUCCAAUGGUCCAACAAGGUAUCAAAAACGGAAAAGACUGGGAAGAAGCACGAGAGACGUAUCACGAUAUGGGAAUGACUUAUGUAGAGAUUGUCGUCGAUGCCCAAGCCAAGCUGCGCAUUUCUGACACCUCACAAUUGAAAUUCGGUGCUCGCAUGCGUUUCCGACACACCAAGAAGAGAGGUUUUGAGCCAGUUGGAACUCCAACACUUUUUUGGGCAAAUCACAAAUGUUUCGCGAAAAACAUAGAACAGUACUGCGAAAUGUCUGCUGAGCGCGAUAUGUUCACCAACAUGUUGAUGACGAUGAUCCACCUAAGUCGUGGACUUUCACUAAAACUUCUCAAUGCCCUACUGCAAAGUCUGUUUUAUUAGAA